AUGCCACCGAGGUGCAACGAAAGGCGACGAAAUGGUUCGCGCAUCUUGACAGCGUUCCAAGACAAAUUUCGUCAUCACCAUGUCUUCGACGUCACUUUCGCCGGCGCCGCCUAUCUGCAAACUGUCGGUUUGCAACGAACAAAUAAACAGCAAAGGUCAGUUUUAUUUUGAGGGGGACCUUGCGAAACAAUCUGAGAACGCAAGUGACUGGUUUAUUUACAGUUGAAUCAAAAAUGAACCAAAACUACAAAGCAGAGAGAGUCGAAAUAGUCGCUCUAGUAUAUUUUUUGCAUGAAAGUAUUCGUAAAGAACAUCUUAUUUAAUCUUAUAUGUUCUUUUGCAAAAAAAUUUAUCAAAAAGUUCUUUUUACAAAGGAAAGGUUUUUCAAAAUUAGUUUCCGUUUCAAAGUAGGUUAUUUGAUUUUUCUCGGUUUUUAUAAGUAAUCCAACCGUUACUCUUUUCUUUCAUGUCUUCGUACCUUUUUUAAUUGGUUUAUGUGCCAAUUACUUCUCGCCUCUUCUUCCUGGCAAAGUAUGUUUUCAUCCACUCAGAAAAAGAAGGAAGCGCGUGAUAAUAAUAAACCGCGAAUGCCUUAUGAUUUUGGAAGCGUAAGUAAACUACAACUCAUCUCUCUGUAACUUCCGUCUCUGACUAAACCUUUCACUUGGCUUAUCAUGAGGGUAAAUUACACGCUUUAAAAAGGCAACCGAGACCACACAAAACUCCGAAAACACUCUACUUAGACAUGGGAACGUGAUAACCAAGGGCAACUUACUGGAAUUAGGUUCCCAAAACGUAAACAUUUCUACAACUCACAAAUUCACGCAACGUGUUUUCACGCUUCUUGAAGUUGAAUCCUGAGUAUUUCCGGUUCACUGAGGCUACGUAGGCAUAAGAGAGUAGGGUUGAUUCGUUCAUCGGCCGAUCUCAUUUUAUAGCUCUUUCUUAUCGUACUGAACUCGGUUGACUCGGACGAGAAGAUCAUCAUCGCACGAAAAGUUUCCGAUAAGGCAUGACUGAGAAACUAAGGGAUAGAGAAACUGAUAAGAGAGGCUGGACGGUUUGAUAUACGAUGAGCAAACGCUGAUGCAACCUGAUCGGCCUUUCGCUUCGUAAGUUCUGAACCCAUCGGACGUGCUUUGCUUCUUCACGUGACAGACGUACCGUUUUUGCAAGGCCAAAAUGCAUUCUUGGGUCGAAGUUCCGACUGGACACGACCUGCUGUUGUCUAGAUGCUAAAGUCCAAAGCCAUAUAUUUUUGUUGACAAUAAGGCUGAUUUGCUUGGUCUCUGGAGGAAGUGAUAACUUUAAUCAGGGCCUUGAAUCAGCACGCAAUUGACAAGUGACCUCGUUAAAAAAAAUUUUUCGAUUCUUUUUCAAACGAUUUAACAUUAAUCCGGUUGACAAAGCCUUGCAAAAAUCGUUGAAAAUAACCCAUUUUGAAAGCAUGCCGCAGAAUAGUCAGUUCGAAGGCCUUUAUUAGGAUAUUAAAAUUUGCAAAGACUUUAUAAACCCAGGUGAACACUGUAAACGUUUCUCGGCCUUGACAACUUUUUAACGAUGUUUAUGAAACGAAACAUUUCAAACAACGAACAGCUUUUUUUUAAAUCUUCAAUAAAAGAAAAAAGGAUUUAAUACUAUUCUUGUUCUUUCUAUGCUCUUUGUGCUGUCCGGAUUGGCGGCUCCCUCCUUGUUGGUCAACUUUGUGUGAGAGAUCGCGUUGACCGCAGCGCAGUGACGAAAAACGUCCAGGAAACGCUUUUUCGACCUUGUUUUCAGUGUUUUCCGCUUUCUUUUCAUUUCACGCUUUGGUCAGAAGUUGGCAGUUCGAAUCAAAAUGAAGCAAGCGCCCAUGUGACAGUCCCGAGGCCACAGCGAGUGUUAAACCAACCCAAACACUCUCCAACCACAGUUCGGUGUGUCGUAAAAAUGUUUUCUUUUUUUUUCCACUGGUCAUGUGGGAUCUAAAAUCGUCCGUCGUAGGACUUUAGAGCUGCCCAAGUUGGAUCAAGUUUCCAGCUUACUGAAGUUCUUCUUUGCGUCAAACCGCUUGUUGACAACUUUCAGGUCAUUUUCAAAAACCAACUGGAUUAGCAAGUCUACAAAAUUAGAUCUUGUCACUUUGAAGCGUGACAAGAUGCCUUUGAAAAAAUAGCCUUGAGAAAUACUUCGAAGCUUGCAAAAUCUCAUCUAUCUUGUCACGUAUCUAAAGAACAUCUAAGACAUACAUCUAAUAGUAGCUUGAUUUUCAAAAAAUUCGCUCUUAAAACGCUAAAUUACUGUCAAUUUAAUUUUACAUGAAAUUUUGGAAGUUCUGUUUUUUUUUUCUAAAAAUUUUGAAAAUUUUCUUGGAGUUGUUUGUAAAACUCGGGUUUUCUUCUCGAAAACUCGCAUGAAAAGGACAUGUUACUUCAGGUUCUUUCUCAAAAGUUGAGCACACUUCUUUAUUUGUAACCUAAAACUAAGCGAACUUUUUUUUGUCUUUUUGUAGUUGCACCAGGGGGUGCAACAGUUGGAGUGCCGUCCAAAACACCGUGGGAAAGUCUCGCGUCGUCGACGCUGAUUCAAAAAGAGGCGGAGCUCCGUGGCGAUUGCAGUUUGUGACGUAGCGCAGUUGCCGGCCAGGCGAAAGAUCUUUGCAGCGAAACAAGGAGAAGAGGCGGACCGAUAGGCGGAGCUCCGUCUGGACCGAGGUAUAUAAGCUUCGACCGACGAUGGGAGGUCCAGAAAGCUUUCAGCUUACCAAUCCUAACCUAAACAUGAUCCACAUGCCAGAGUACCUGACGUCCGAAAUGGACCUGCGAUCCCACUGCCAGCCACGGAGGUUUUCGCGCCUCUCAGCACCUGUCCACCGCAAAGUCUAG